AUGAGAUCAAUUUAAUAGACAUGAGAAGUACUGCUAUUUUAGACAUUAAUAUCCACACAAUCGUCUUGUGUUUGCUUGUCAUUGAAAGCAUCCAUUGCGCGAGGGUCGAUGUGGAGGACGAUGGACCGGGAGUUCUGGACAUUCCGGUGACCUUUAGGGCCACAUUGAGUGGUGAUAUUGGACUCGAGAGUCAAUUCGUGUAUGUCUUCGAUGACAUGGGAGUGUCUCCACGACAUCGUCAGGAGAUAAUCAGUGGUCGAGACGCCAAUUAUACCAUCACUUAUAACUCGAAAGACACUUCAGCUGACAAAUACAAUAUGAGAGUUGAGGUCUAUGUCUACAUCUGGGGCUUAAGGGGAUGGCUCAUCGCCGAAGACAAUCACCAAUUUGUUCUCCAAAACACACUGCCGGGCAGUAUAAACAUCAGCCAAUCGGGUGUCUCGGAGAAGGCACUGACAGAUGGAAUAGUGGCGACCAAUAGGACGGUGCAAAUGAUGGCUCAGAUGAGCGAUGCCUCGCACUUCCUGAAGAACUCAUCCGUAUGUAACUACACGUGGGUUUUAGACGGUCGCACGUUUGACACGAGUCUGUCACCCAUUCUCACGCAUAACUUCACAUCCAAUCAUACAUAUGACGUUCAAGUGAUCAUUUUCUGUAAUAUAACGCAUUUGAAGACAAAUAUCUCAAAGUUAGGACACUUCCAGCGAUCUCUUACCGCCAAGAAUGAGAUCAAAGAGAUGAAUGUGACGGGAAAUACGUGGCUAGUAGACGGUGCACUCCUUCAGUUGCAGGUCACCUGCAAGGGAGGGGAUCAGCCCUUUUGGUAUUGCUAUGAAUAUUCCGAGAAACAGAGGGUUAACUACACGUGCAGUAAAGAACUGUUUCAUACAAAUGACUGCUAUUUUCCAAUCGUUCAUUACUUCCCAAAGAACGGCACUUAUUAUAUAGACAUUGCUAUCUAUAAUGACGUGAAUGUCUUCAAUAAAACAAUUAAAGUCAACGUUUACGAGAUCAUACGUCAGACACAGCUCUCGUUUGUGAUAAUCCCGAUUGUGUCGUCAAUACUGGCCAUCAUAAUAGUGGUGGUGGGCAUCGCCUAUCACUUGCAGCAAAGGGCUCACGAGAACAUGACUCUAGAAGUGGCGGACUUUGACUUCCAGCACAACGACGACCUCAUGGAGAAGACCUUCUUUGAAAGGCUUCGCUCGACGAUCGCCACAGCAAUGAGGGAAACCUUUUUCUAUCCGUUCAAUCCAUGCACUAGAGCUCAGAGUUAUGACGAGCCCUUCGAUGACACCAUUGCCAACGACAGUGCUAUCAAUACCAACACUCUCUCCUACGGUAUCGUUAAAUAGUCUUCUCAUCACUCGUUUAAUUGUAUAUAUAUUUUGUAAUUAAUUAAAGAAAUCUUUAUGAAUUGGAUUAUAAUAAUGAAAACUUAAUUUAUGUUUUAGUUAACAGUUUUAAUAAAUGCGAU